AUGAGGUUCCGGGACGGUCAAUGGCUGGUGGCCGAAGGGGUGCGCAUUGAGUAUGCCGAGGAAGUGUACCGCAUUACGCAGACCCCCUCGGGGAAAGGAAUCAGCCUGCUUUGCCCGACGCGCAAGAUCAUGCGUCGCGGAGAUACGCUCAAUCUAGCGACACUCAGCAUUGAUAUCGAAGCCGCCCUUGAUGGGGUUAUCUCUGUGGAGACCACACACUGGCAAGGCGCCGUUCGCCGUGGUCCCGAUUUCGAUCUUUUCCCAGCCGGACGGCCCGAUGUAAAUGCCAACGUUACACGGAACGAGAAUGGCACCACGCUGUCGGCGGGGGGCCUCUCGGCGACUGUCAGCGGCAAGCCGCACGAGUUCGAUAUUUCGUUCCACCCGACCGACAACAAGAAGCCCCUGACCACUCUCCUGAAUCGGUCCGUCGGUUUGGCCUACACCCCAGCAACGAGCACGCCUAUGCAGCUGGCCGACAUGCGCAACCUGAAGCAUUACAUCUUCACUCAAACGACGCUUGGUGUUGGCGAGUCUAUCCAUGGCCUCGGCGAGCGUUUCGGCCCUUUCAACAAGGUCGGCCAAAAGGUUGACCUAUGGAAUGCGGAUGGAGGCACCUCGUCGGAUCAGGCAUACAAGAAUAUCAGCUUUUGGAUGAGCUCACGGGGCUACGGCGUCUUCAUUGACACGCCUGAACGGGUCGAGCUCGAGAUCGGGAGCGAACGGUGCUGCCGUGUCCAGACGAGCGUCGAAGGCCAAAGACUGCGAUGGUACAUCAUCUACGGCCCCUCUCCCCGGGAAAUCCUCCGCAAGUACUCGAUCCUCACUGGAGCGCCGGGUGCUGUGCCGAGCUGGUCUUUCGGCCUGUGGCUCAGCACGUCCUUCACUACCUCUUACGACGAACAAACAGUUAACAGCUUCCUCUCGGGAAUGAAGGCGCGCGACAUCCCCGUCGAGGUGUUCCACUUUGAUUGCUUCUGGCUCAAGGCUUUCCAGUGGUGCGACUUUGAGUUCGACCAGGACAUGUUUCCGGACCCCAAGGGCCAGAUCUCGCGUCUCAAGGCCGACGGUAUCGUCAAAAAGGUUUGCGUGUGGACGAACCCCUACCUCGGACAGGCAUCCCCGGUGUUUGCCGAAGCCGCGGCCAAAGGCUAUCUCUUGAAGCGUAAGAAUGGAGACGUGUUUCAAUGGGACAUGUGGCAGACGGGCAUGGGCAUCGUCGAUUUUACCAAUCCCGACGCUUGCGCCUGGUAUGUCAGCUGCCUGGAGAGGUUAUUUGACACCGGCGUUGACUCCAUCAAAACCGACUUUGGUGAGCGUAUCCCUUCCGAAGACGUCCAAUGGUUCGACUCCUCUGUGGACCCAAAACGGAUGCACAACUACUACGCUUUCAUUUACAACAAGUUGGUCUACGAGACGCUCCAAAAACGUUACGGUGCAAACGAAGCCGUCCUAUUUGCCCGCUCGGCCACAGCCGGGACGCAACGGUUCCCCCUAACCUGGGGUGGCGAUUGUGAAUCCACCCCCGAAGCCAUGGCCGAGUCACUGCGAGGGGGUUUGUCACUCGGCCUUUCUGGUUUCGCUUUCUGGAGCGUCGACAUUGGCGGUUUUGAAGGACACCCACCACCAUGGAUCUACAAGCGAUGGGUAGCAUUUGGCCUCCUCUGUUCACACUCGCGUCUUCACGGGUCUAACUCGUAUCGUGUGCCUUGGACGGUUGACAACGACGACAAGUCAGAGGAGGGGUGCUCGGCGACGCUCCGGAAGUGGACCCAUCUCAAGGCCCGUCUGAUGCCAUACCUAUUUUCUCAGGCCCAGCAGUGCGUGCAGAGUGGGCUCCCGCUCAGUCUGAGAGCCAUGUGCAUCGAGUUCCCCGAUGACCCAACGGCAUGGACACUGGAUCGCCAAUUCAUGCUCGGCGAUAGCCUCCUCGUGGCUCCUGUGUUUGAGGAGGACAAUACAGUCCAGUUCUACCUACCCAAGGGCGACUGGACUGACUUUUUCACGGGGAAAGUCAAGAGCGGACCUGGGUGGUUCACUGAGACUCACGCAUUUGGCACCCUGCCGCUCUAUGUUCGGCCAAACACCUUGUUGGUAUUAGGAAAGGAGGGUGAAACGAGAACGGUAUAUGAUUACACACAGGACGUUGAAGUCAGAAGUUAUUUUGCUACCGAUGGUGCAAGCGCUGUGUUAGUCGAUGAUCAGGGCAAAGUGCUGGGUGAUUUGGGGAUGAACAACGGAGAGGUCAUCGGGACAGAGUCACUGAAGGGUGACUGGGUCUUAAAGAUCAUAACUCCUUAG